UGUUUUGUCUGUGCGAUCAAGCGGUGCUCGGUGGUGCUGCACGAGUGAGUGACCAAGUGACUAAUAAAAUAACAUAGCAGUGAAGUGACUCAGUAUACCUAGUGUUGCACGAAUUCUUCGUAGACCCACAUAGAUAAGCUGGUUGGCGUCAACGAGAGGCUUCCAACCAAAGUGCAGUGAACAAGAAGGCAUACCUAAUACCUUGGAAGGAAAACUUUAUUAUUGUUUGCUCUUAGAGUGAGAUAAGUCGCUCAAGUGCAUUUGAGUGGCCGGGAGCGUGCGCGCGCAAUUCCAAAUCUUCCAUCGAAACACGCGGAGAUAUUGUAAAUCAUCAGCUGGCUCGGUCUUGUCACUGUCGCGAAAUUUCGGAGGUUGUAAAUUCUACGGGCAGUGAUAAUCUAUCUGUGCGGUGUCUGUUUGCCCGGUUCAUUAUCAGCUCUGCCUCUGGAGGUCGGUAGCCUAUAACCGAGUGGGAUAAUCUCCUUUCGGGCAUAGUCGUGUUAUCACGGUUGACGGCAGCGUUUGUGUACGUACUGUAUUGUGUUGCGUUUGGUGGAGUGGAGAUCUUCUCGAAUGAUGGCCGGCGAAGUGACGCGGAUAGAUCUAACCGUUGAUGAGAACGAUGUGAUCCGGGGUGCUGGCGAGGUGCUAAAGGUUAUCAGGCCACAUUGGCAAAGUAGCAGCGUGCGCUUCAAGCUUUUCACCGAUGGAAUCACCAACAAGCUGGUCGGAUGUUUCAAUCAAAACAAUAACACCAAUGACGACGACGACGACGACGAUAACGCUGAUGACGACGCCGACACCACGUCAAGUGACGUCGUUCUGAUACGGGUCUAUGGGAACAAAACCGACCUGCUAAUCGACCGGAAGAAGGAAACUGACAACAUUCGACUGUUGCAUCGGUACGGCUAUGCUCCGACCCUCUAUGCAACGUUCCGCAAUGGUCUGGCGUACGAGUACGUGCCGGGAGUCACGCUCACGCCGGAAAGCUGCCGGGAGGAGUCCGUUUGGCGGUUGGUCGCCAAACGGAUGGCCCAGAUGCACAAAGUGUGCGACGACUCGACGAGUGCCAGCCGGGAACCGAUGCUGCCGGGGAAAAUCGAUCAGUUCCUCAAGCUGGUGCCGCCGGUUUUUAGCGAUCCGGUGAAACAUUCAAGGAUAUCGCAGAUAUUUCCCAGUACGGACGUGCUGCGACGUGACUUUGAGGAUCUGUACGAACGGUUAUGCCGACUGAACAGCCCGACCGUAUUCUGCCACAACGAUCUGCUGCUGGGAAACGUGAUCUACUGUGCCGAACGUGAGCGGGUCACGUUCAUCGAUUACGAGUAUGCCGCCUACAAUCAUCAGGCGUUCGACAUUGGCAAUCACUUCACGGAAUUUGCCGGCAUUGACGAAAUUGACUACGACCGCUAUCCGUCGAGGGAUUUCCAACUGCAGUGGCUGCGAGUAUAUCUGGAAGAAUUCAGUGGCGAGGAGUGCACCGAUAGCGACGUGCAGCGGUUGUACGUUCAGGUGAAUCAGUUUGCGCUGGCGUCGCACCUUAUGUGGGCGGUGUGGGCGCUCAUCCAGGCGGAACAUUCGACCAUCGAGUUCGACUUCAUACAAUUCGGCGAGACGCGGUACUGCGAGUACCUUAGACGUCGCGAGCAGUUCCUGUCCUUGACUUAUCAAAACUAGAGGUGCUAAAAUUCGCCGGACAUCACAGUCAACAGUCAAAUUUCCUCCGCGAAUAGGACUCCAAGUCCUGACGGCAAUCACGUGAACCAAAUUUAUUUAGUGAAGCAAAAGCGAAAUCUCCAACCCCACUGCGAUAUUCAUUCCACUGUUAGCAAAACCAACGGAUUCAAAUUCAUCACAAAAAGCGAAUAACCUAGACACUAAGAGAUGGGCUCAAGCAUGCGAGGUGAAAAUUGUGAAUCGGCUGUAUGCCAAAGUAACUUUUUUGUUUGUGUUUUGUUGCGAUUGUUUUUUACGGCACACUGACUCGA